AUCACAUCGUAAUGUACUGCAUUGUACUGUAAUUUAUCGUACCAUAUCGUACCUCAUCACCAUUGCAUCGUAGCUAAUUGGAAAAGAAAUCACUAGAGUUCAACUCUUCAUCUCAGCUAUUUACCAUUCUCAUUUCCUGCCUUAGUUUACAUUUUCUCCCUUCCUGUGGUCCUGCAGCGGCUGAGAUGAGAGUAAAGUGCAUGGAAAAUGAUCAGAUGAGUCAAGGCAUCCGCCAAAGCAUAUAUAUUAGUUAUUUCUGCGAUUUGUGAGACGAAAAGAAACAUCUCCACCUUAGCAUCAUCAUGGGCCUGUUUAGCUCAGACCGUGAGCGAAUGACGAAAGCAGAGACAUGCUGACGUCUCAGGCCCCUGAUCAAAUCUGAAGUCCCCCACCGCUCCAUGAGAAACAUACAGGUGUAUAAAACGGGAGCAGACGUGAAGACAAGAAAGGCAGAAACACCAAGAGAGUCCGAAACACCAGAGUGGAAAUACAGCAGCAGCUCGAGAUCAGAACUUUGGACAGCGCAGCAGAAAGAGCGAAAAGCAGAGAACUUUCUCCGAGCACAUGUGAGGCGCAGAAAGAUUCCUUUUAACACCAAUGCCCUUCCUCAGGUGUAAAGCGAUGUUACAGCGAACCGGACCCCAGCUGAUUUUCCUAAUAGCCCUGUGCAGUGUGUUUUAUUCCCGGACUCUGAGUCUACCGUACACAUCGAUGAGACCGUCGAGACACGCAGACGGUCUGUUCACCAGUGGAUACAGCAAACUGCUCGGACAGCUCUCAGCGCGGAGGUAUCUGGAGUCUCUGAUCGGGUCAACGGGAAAACGGGUCAGUGAUGAGCUUAUGGAUGAGCCGGUGAAGCGCCACUCAGACGCCAUCUUUACAGACAACUACAGCCGCUUCCGCAAACAGAUGGCCGUCAAGAAGUACCUCAACUCAGUCUUAACGGGAAAGAGAAGCCUAGAAGAUCCUGUAACCAGUGACCACGAAGACACUAUGGACGAGUCCAAUGCCUUCCAGGACAGCUACAGUGACAUAAACGUAGAUCACCUCCUAAACAACUUUCAACUGCCACUUUGAGGAGGGUUCCACGCUCGAGUGAAUACCUCAAGUCAUCCUCAUGAAACUGCCCACUCCAAAAACAACACAGUAUUAAUCCAAAGGACAUUUGAAAGUCAAACCAACCCGACGAUGUGUUCUUUAUCAAUCCAUACUAACAGUUCAUGUUUACACUGUAUAUAUACAGAAUAUAUACAAAAGGAGUUUUGGCCUAAACGCUCUUCUUCGGGCUACUCUGAGCAACUCUGAGCAUCCAUGUGCACUUUGUUAAAUAAGUGAUUAAAUAUGAUAACUGGCAACAGUAAAUAUACAAAGAAGUAACAGUUUUAUUUCUUUUUAUUGUCACUAUUGUCUAUCAAUGGAACCCUUUCUCUCCUAAUGUUUUUUUCAAGAAACCUUGUCUAAUUUAAGUUGGACCUGUCCCUACAACUUUAGUAAAAUAUUUGAACCACUGUAUGCUCAGCAUUCAAUCCUGAUAGGAUACCUUUCCCGUUAACUUUCAGUGAUGAUUAGCGUUGACUUUCUCUGUCCCAUUGAAUGUUAUGGUCCAUUGUCACCAUGCUUUAAAGAGACCAAUGUUUUUUCUGUCAACUUUCAACUUAAAAUAUGUCACUCUGAUUUACUUUUAGUCAGAAGUUCCUUUAAAUUUGAGAGAAAUCGAUCUGAUUAAAACUUCCAGUCAAAAGUCCUGACACUUUUUACAACAAUAGAUGUUUUUAUUUAUUUGUUUAAUCCUGUCUGUAUAACAGCCCUUUACAUCUAAGUGAAACAUUGUCAAAUUAACUGUCAAAUGAUUGGAUUGUAAUUGACUAUCAUCAUUUGAUGAUACAAAUAAAACUGAGGGAGAGAAAGAGGAACACAUUUUGAAUGAACCAGAUGCAUAUAAUCACUUUAUACUACUCAACAUGUAGAGCAAAGAUGUUAUAACUGAGCAUAGACCUGCCUUUAGUGCAUAUAGUGAUGUACACCAGUCACCAAAUAAAAGAUAUUGGUUUAUUUUUCAAA